AUGGGACAAAUUCUAUCCAAUCCGAUCAUCGACAAGGAGGUGCACUCGGGAAAUGAUCUUCUGACGGCUUUCGGGCUGUGCGCUAUGCAGGGAUGGCGGAUGUCAAUGGAGGACUCUCAUGUGUGUGCGACGAAUUUAGGGCCCAAGGAUGGCUCCAAUGGUCAUGUGGCAUACUAUGCAGUCUUCGAUGGGCAUGGCGGUUCGUCAGUAGCACAGUUCUGUGGUGACAAGGCCGCCAAGGUCGUGCAAGAGCAGGAAUCGUUCCAAAAGGGAUUGUAUGCUCAAGCUCUAAUCGACGCUUUUAUCGCUACCGACAAAGAAAUCUUGAAAGACCCUUUGCUCAGGAACGAUCACAGCGGAUGCACGGCCACGACGAUGCUUAUUUCCAAAGAUCAACAGAAGCUAUUCUGCGGUAACGCCGGUGACAGCCGAACCGUACUUUCGCGCAACAAGCUGGCUAAAGCGCUGUCGUACGACCACAAGCCCACGCUGGUGGGCGAAAAAUCGCGUAUUGUUGCCGCCGACGGGUUUGUCGAGAUGGACCGUGUCAACGGUAACCUGGCACUCAGUCGCGCUAUCGGAGAUUUUGAAUUCAAGUCCAACCCCAACCUCCCCCCACACGCACAAAUCGUAACGUGUGUCCCAGAUGUGUUGGAACACCCCAUAGACUAUGAGGACGACGAAUUCGUGAUCCUGGCGUGCGACGGUAUCUGGGACUGUCUUACGUCCCAAGAAUGCGUGGAUUUGAUUCACUACGGUAUCAAUAAGGGCAACAUGAGUUUAGAAGAAAUUUCAUCUCGCAUUGUAGACGUGUGUUGUUCUCCAACCACAGAGGGUACCGGUAUCGGGUGCGACAACAUGAGCAUCGUUAUCGUUGCACUCUUGCAGGAUGAGGAAUCCAUUGAAGAUUGGACCUCGCGCAUCAGAAGCAAAAAGCAUAUCGCAUCUGUUUCUUUCGCAGAGAGAAGACGUGCCGUUUUCUCAUUUUACGAUUUCCCCAAAGAAGACUCCGAGGUUUUCGCAGUCUCAACAAAGAAAACUGAUGAACACAGCAACAACUACUCAUCCAACGAUGAUGAAGAAACCGAAGUAGAAAGACAUGAGGCGAACCCGGGGCGCUCUCAAAUGGACAUGUUUUCUUUGGAGACUUUGUUGGGCUCCAAUGGGAUUCAGGUAACCCAAGGCGGUAACAACGUUUCUUACAUUCAUGGCUCUGCACUUUCCGAAGUUCUGGCUUCUUUGGGAGGUGGAGCUGGCGCUGGUCAAGUCAUUGAUGAGGAAGGCGAAUCCGAUGACAAGACGGAGAAGCUCAAAGAAAUAAAAGAUUAA